AUGGAUUUCAACGUUCACGGGAACGUUUACGCGGACGAACAACGCGAUCGAUCGGAAGAAUCGCAGUGGAACACGCAGCCGGACGGCCGCGAGGUGGAAAAAAUCCAGCGUUGGACAAACGAGAGGCAGAAGAAGCAGGGAAUCGGACCGGUAAGAUCGAACGAGUCGGCGAGGGACGACGGUGAGCGGGAUUUUCACCGGAAUCAGCGAUAUCGAAGGCUGCCAGCUAACCACCAGGGAGAAAAUUACGGGGAAAUGUGCGAGCACGGGAGAGGGAGCUCGAGCUACCAGGGAAACUGUCCCGACAGGAACGCGUGCGAUUUCACGGGGCAAAAUAUUUUGGAGCAUAUCGGGCAGUUGGAGCCACGUUGCGAGAAUUACGGAAGAGACGCGAUCGACUGCGACGCAAGUACGUCUAACGAUCCGUGCUUGAACCGCAACAGCGGGAUAAACGUGAGCGUCGUCUCGCGACAGCCACCCUGCCACGAGAAUUUUCACAUAGAGAAACCGACGUACAACGUCUCGUUUAAACAUUGCUACGACAACAACAACUCGAAGCCAGAUCAGAAACGAAGAAAGUCCUUUUCCGCGAACAACGGCAAACCGAGGAGAUCUAGAAAGCAAGAACCGAGCAGGUAUUCCGCAGCUCAGGAACAAAAGGCUUUUAACUUAACGUGCGAACAAACCUUAGUUGGCCAUCCUUCAAACUUCCGUUGCACGUUCGAGAACUGUUGCGGAAACUGCGAGCCGUACGUCGUGCGAAUGCAGAGCAACGACUGCAGCUCGUAUGAAAAAUGGCAGAACGACGGCUCCCCGAAGAACGGUUGCCUCGACGAUUGUUGCUGUCCGCGCGACGUAAAACCAUACUCCUCGAGCGUCAGCGUGCCUCAACAGUCUUGCGUGAUCUACGAGGAGACCGAGGCAAACUGCGAUGAUCGUCACGCGUCUACCAGCAAACACUGCCUGCAACGCGUCCACUUUGCGAAAGCGGAAAGCCGCGCGAAAACCGAUCAUUCCUCGUGCUCGUUCUGCUCGAGGAAGUGUACACCGUCCAAGGCAAGUUUGUUCGUGGAGAUCGGCGAGAGUGUGGCGGACGUGUGCAACCUGACGUCCGCCCGUUGCGACGAGUCGACGGAGGAAUUGUUGAAAGGCGACGCCUCGAGGAAGGAAUCCAGAACUGCGAGAGGGAGCAAGUUCGAAUCGUCGAGAGGUCGUAGCGGAUCGAAGAGGAACGAACCGACGAGGUGUAGUUCCAGUUGCAAAGGUCAGCCAGAUGCCGUGGGACGCGCCUACUCGAACAGCAUGGACGUGCAGCUCGAUGAUUACACCGUCGAGCAGAUGCUCGAGGAACCGUACUGCCCUGAGCUGUUGGCGCAAUCCAACGUUAGCUUUCAUGAACUUCGGGAUUCCAGAGCGCAGACGGAGGAUGACAUGUACGUAAAGAGAAAGACGACAGGUUGCAGCCAACAGUGCGAAACGAACGAGCAUUCGUUGUUGAACGACUUUCGAAGACAGUUGCAAGAUACGUACAAAAAUUUCGUGCGAAUGGCGACGACGAGCAUCGGCCAGAUCGUGAAACAGUCGUCGAAGUUGAAACGCUCGAAGAAAAACGUGAGGGAUCGUUCCACGUGCGGGACGUGCACAAAAGAUUGCGAGGAAACUGCGCGACCCGAUCAAUGCGAUCAAUCGGAAACACACAAUGAAUGCAUGUACGAGGCAACGUGUUGGCGAGAAAUAAUGAACCACGAGUCGAACAACUGCGACACGCAUUGUUGCGGAAACGUUUGUUGCGACAACGACGCUGGAUUGCCUGACUGUCAAAUGUGUCGAAAUGAUUGCUGGAAACGUACUCGCAACGCGGCUGAAGAACAGAUUCAAUCGGGGAGGAAGUGGCACUUUUAUGAAAAUCCUUGCAACAAAACACCGCUUGAAGAACUGUGGUAUCCAACGUACGACACUGCUCGCAAAAAGGGUGGCGGUGACAUCUCCCCUCAGAAAAGGAAACAGCCGAAUUCGAGCAAACGCGAAGGACAAUCAGGCGCACAUGGCAAUCGUGAAAAUUCCAACUCGGCGAGUCAAAUAGUUAAACAGCAACAGAAAAACUCGUCGACGCCCCAAGACCAGCAGACGGAAAGAUCCACCGUAUCUAUAGACGUGAGCGUUCAAACCGGUUCCAUUCGCGCGGUCGUCAAUCCUGCGAAUGGCCCUUACGUCGCGGAGAGUACGGCAUUUCGAAAGAAAGUGAAAACUGUGAAACAAGGGGUGGAAAACGAUGGAAAAAGUAGGCCUGCCAAGGAAGAACCAAAGACAUCGAAAAAACAGAUCGCCUCGCCGAAAAAGAAACCUCCGUCAAAUCCAAAGUAUAAUUCUUCGAAAUCUCCAAAGCCCGAAAUGAGUCUUAGAACAGGGACAAAUAAUCCCAACAUGAGGGACGAAAGAAUGGAUCCAGAGUCGCCACUGUCGGGCAAAGCUGUUCAAUGUAUGCUCCUUAAAGAAGUUCGUAUAAUAUGUACAUCGGUAAAGGACAUACCUAGUCAAGUAGUUGACAUGUGUACGUGCGUCCCGAAGAAAGAUACGAUAUCUCCAGGUGAAGCUGAGGAUGUAUCUGAAGCGAUCGUAGAGUCGAUCGAAGAACCUGCAGAAAGAGAUGUUGCGGCACCUGUGACUGAAGAUACUGUAGAAGAAUCUAUACCAGAAACAUCUGAGAAGGAUGAAGAAACGACGGCAGAAGAAACAGCUACAGAAGAAGUACCUAUAGAAGAAGCACCUACAGAAGAAAUACCUAUAGAAGAAGCACCUAUGGAAGAAAUACCUACGCAAGAAGCACCCAUAGAAGAAAUCUCUGUCGAAGAAGCACCUAUGGAAGAAGCAUUACCUGAAGUGACAGUCAGUGAAGUACCCGAAACUACCGAACCAGAUGAUUCCGCAGUGGGCGUGCCAGAACCCAUCGUAGAAGAAGAAGAAGAAGAAGAAGAAGCGCCACCAUCGACCAUAACGGCAAUCCCGGAUCUUGACGAAGUAGAUCCCACAGCACCGAUCGAGUUAUCGAGAGAAUUUGAUGGCAAGAGAACGAACGUGAGCGUGCAAAUGCAAACGUCGAACACGAUCCUCACGCAGAUCUUGUCCGAGUUUCAAGUAGGGAACAAAAAGCGUCAGAUACUGAUGAGCAUUAGAGUGCACUCGAACCUGGAAGGAUGCGACGCGGAUGAACAACCAAGCAAUAACCCAUCGAGUUCGAACGAAUGUCUUGCUUCCGUCGUAACCAAUCAACCGACGAAUACCGCUGAAUAUUCAUCGGGCGUGGUUACACCGGAGGCAGGUUUGGAAAUUAAUGGUCCGGCAGAACGGAACGAUGAAAUUGAAUAUUCUGUACAGGUGACAUCACCGAGGAGGCAACCUUCCACGCGUGACGGCUACGAUCAUCGGAGACGAAUGAGACGACCUCCCGAGAGUGCAUACACGCAUCGUCGAGCGUUGACAGCCAGAGAUGUUCACGAUUCAUCGAUGAAUCCCACGUUCAUCAGCCGCGCCAGCUAUCAGAGAGUACAAAGAACGUAUCUCCGUCGGUUGUACGACACUUUCAUCUACACGAGCGACGGUGUUUAUUAA